CAUAUUCAGGAGAAAUGUUUUAUAAGUUUGAAACAGGCAAGCAAAUAUAUGGCAGAAAGAGAUUCACCAAGGAGUUUAGAUCUUCAAUGUCAUAUAGUAACUCAGUGGAAAACAGUACGCGUCGAUUUUUUGAAGAUCUGUGUAUUUGUUAAUGAAGCAGGUUUUUAUUCAUAA